UUGUAACAUUCAUGGCGGCGCUGCAGUGAGGGAUUUGGGGCGAAGGAAGGCAGAAGUGCCCGCUCUCGUCUUUACUUUUAAGCUAAGCUCACUGUCCAAUCCAUUUUAAAAGGCUGUGGUUUUAUAUUUUUAUUAUUGCAAAUUUAAAUGCUGCGACGAUACCGUAUUUAAAAUUUUAAUGUAUUUGCAUCAUUUUACACAAAUUGCUAUUUUAACGAAUUUUAGCAGUUACAGCGAAUUUUUGACAAAAAUGCGAAUGAGACAUCAAGCCGUUGCUAAGUUUAAAAAGUGCAAUAAGUGCUAUAUUUCGGUACAUUUAAAUGUUUGAAAGAGAAAAUAAUGCUUUUUUCGCUCUGCCAAAGCUUCCCUACCAGCGGAAGCUGUGUGCUGACUCCUGCCGGAAUAAGGGCGCCAUUACGGGGUCUGCAGGCGGACGCAGGGUCGGUGUUUGUGCGUAAACUAGAGAGAGCCUGGAAACAGAAACGUUUUUGCUAAAAUACACACUACAUUUAUUCUGGUUGUCGUGUCGACUGCUAAGAUAUAUAGGCCUAUAUUUAUCGCUUUCUUACUAUUAGGCCUACAGGGGAAAUUUGUUGUUUUUUACGUGGUUUGGCUCGUUUCUGUUUUCACCGUUAGCGACUUGUACCAUUUUUAAGGUACGCAAGGUGUUUCCCUGAGGAAAUGUGGAGAGGCUUAGACAGUUUUCUUUACCUUGUUGACCUUGCGAGCGGGCGGGGGAUGACACUGUAACCGAGAAAAGCGGCGCCUUGCUCGGCUGCGCAGCUGCGCCACCGCUCGGGGGAGGCGGCCUGAGUUGAGCACGCAGUAAGCUGGGAGCGGAGUCGUGCACGCACUGGCUCGAGCCGCAUUUGCCAGGAUCAUGUCCAGUUCGCGUGGGUGCCCGAACGCGACGCUGACAAACUUUCAUUUUGAGGGCUUAUGCUACACGCCAGACAUCACCAGAGACCCGGCAAGUCCACCGGGAGCUGCCCAGCCUCUCCCCGCCAUGAACGGCAACAGCAGCGUCUCCGGCGCCUCUCAGCCCUCGCGCAACAAGAAUCAGCCAGAUGCGUGGUCCAAGGAGGAAUGCCUGAUGCUGUUGGAGAGGAUCCGCAGCCUGCUCCCCGACACCGACGGGAUGAAGUACAAGACCACGGAGGCGCACUUUGACUGGGAGAAGGUCGGCUUCGGCGGCUUCACGGGGGACAUGUGCAAGCAGAAGUGGCAGAGGGUGUCUACCGAGGUGCGGAAGUACAGGACAAUGACGGAGCUCAUUAUCGAUGCCACAGAGUACGUGAAGAACCCGUACAAGGGCAAAAAGCUCAAGACGCACCCAGACUUUCCGAAGAAGCCCCUUACCCCGUACUUCCGCUUCUUCAUGGAGAAGCGGGCCAAGUACGCCAAGAUCCACCCGGAGAUGAGCAACCUGGACCUCACCAAGAUCCUCUCCAAGAAGUACAAAGAACUGCCGGAGAAGAAGAAGCUCAAGUACAUCCAGGAGUUCCAGCGGGAGAAGGAGUCCUUCGAGAAGAACAUGGCGCGCUUCAAAGAGGACCACCCCGAGCUGAUCGAGGAGAGGAAGAAGUCGGACCUCCCGGAGAAGCCCAAAACCCCCCAGCAGCUGUGGUACAACCACGAGAAGAAGACCUACAUGAAGCUGCACCCGGACGUGAGUCAGAAGGAGCUGAAGGAGGCCCUGCGCAGGCAGUGGUCUCAGCUCUCCGACAAGAAGCGCCUCAAGUGGAUCAGCAAGGCCCUGGAGCUGCAGAAGGACUACGAGGGCAGCAUGCGGGCGUACCACGUGGCGCACCCCGACUCCAACUCCGACGAGCACGUGAAGUCGGUCCUGACCAAGGCCGAGCGGCAGCUCAAGGACAAGUUCGACGGACGGCCCACCAAGCCUCCCCCGAACGGCUACUCGCUGUACUGCGCCGAGCUGAUGGUGAACAUGAAGGACGUGCCCAGCACGGAGCGCAUGGUGCUCUGCAGCAAGCAGUGGAAGAUGAUGACGCAGAAGGAGAAGGACAUGUUCCAGAAGCGCUGCGAGCAGAAAAAGAAGCAGUACGAAGUGGACCUCCAGAGGUUUCUCGAGAGCCUACCGGUGGAGGAGCGGGACCGGGUCAUGACCGAGGAGAAGCUGGGGGGCAGCCGGCUCGGGAUGGGGAACGCGGGCACCCUGCUUACAGCCAAGCCCCCUGCAGCCAAGGAACGCUGCACUGACUUGGAGCAGUGGGUCCAAGGCCUGGCCAAGGACAAGCGCGACGGCAAGAGGCGCACGCGGCUCCCCGAGACGCCCAAGACGGCGGAGGAGAUGUGGCAGCAGAGCGUCAUCGGAGACUACCUGGCCAAGUACAGGAACGACCGCAAGAAGGCGCAGAACGCCAUGGAGUCGGCCUGGAAGUCGAUGGAGAAGAAGGAGAAGAUCCCCUGGAUCAAGAAGGCGGCCGAAGACCAGAAGCGAUACGAGGUUCAGUACCGGCCUGUGAGGGAGUUGCUGGAAAUGAGGACGCCUCAGACAGGACAGGGGCAGAGGAAACCAAAAUUUGACGGGGAACCGAAGAAGCCCCCUGUGAGCGGCUACCAGAUGUUCUCCCAGGAGCUCCUGACCAACGGCGAGCUGAACCACUUCAGCCUGAAGGAGCGCAUGGUGGAGAUCGGCAAGCGCUGGCACAAGCUGAGCCAGAGCCAGAAGGACAAGUACAAGAAGCUGGUGGAGCAGCAUCAGAUGGAGUACAAGGCCGACCUGGAGGCCUGGGUCAAGUCCCUCUCUCCUCAGGAGCGAGCCGUUUACAAGGAAUUUUCCACCACGAAGCGGCGCAGCACGGCCAAGGCGCGGGGUCCAGCGGCGAAGGUUCGAGUGGUGAAGGGGAAGGCGGUAGGUGCCAGAGCCGCAGGACUGGGGGCCGGGGGGGGCAGGCGAGCGAUGGCGUACAGGGCCAAGCAGGACACCUCGGAUUCAGAGGAAGAUGAAAAGACCGAUUCGUCCGAUUCCGAGGAUGACGACGAUGAAGACUCUUCAGGAAGCACUGACAGUGACGAUGAUGACGAGAACGAUGAUGAUGACGAUGAGGACGAUGAGGACGAGGACGACGAGGAAGAUGACGAAGACCAAUCGGACGGAUCCAGCAGCUCAUCCACAGAUAGCAGUGACUCGGACUCUGAUUAGCCCUGCCCACAGGAGGAGGAGCUGUGCGGCAUGGGGGAGGUGACAGGGGAGGGGGUCCUCCCCAAACCGGUCCCCCCCCCCCACCUAGACUGACUGAAACAGCGGGCCAGGGCUGGCACCCCCCCCCCCCUCCUCUUCCUCAAAGGCUCUUACGCUAUUGGACGAUUUCUCUUCUAAAGGAGGCGUGUUACAUGUGUGUCGUUUUUUUUUUAUUGCCUUUCUGGAGGUGUUACGAAAGACGGCCAUUUUGUUUUGUUUUUUACAUGAAAUGGGAACGCUGAAGCACCCGAAGCGUUUGGACGUGUUUCGUUAGUGCUGCGAUGUUUUGGCGGGGAGCGAUGCGGACUCCCCAAAGCCCUUGUGUGUCCGUUUUCCACGUGCCAGGAGGAGGAGGAGGAGGGACUCCUUUUCGUACUCCACGGACACCUUUCUGGGGGGAAAAAUUGCUAAUAAAUGCACUUUUUUUUCUUGUAUUAAGCGGGUGUAUGAUGAUGAUGCACAUGUACCUCGAGCGCUGCUAAAGAUCAGUGAAUUUGCGACUGCACAAACGAGCAGGAAUCUGCGGGUGGGAGAUUUGUGCCUUCGACACGUAAGCUAAAAACAUUUCUACACGUUGGAACCCAACUCGCUUAAUAGUUGGUCAACAAUACAGGGCCUGACUCAGGAAACUGCAGGGUUUGAACAAAAAUGAGCGCAGGACAUGUUUCUGGAUGUUUAUGCUCACUGGUGGCAUUUAGGCAACUGUGUGAGUGUGUGUGUGUGUGUGUGUGUUACUUGAACAUAAUGUUAACUGCUAAAGAUACGACUGGAAGAUCCUAGCUUUUAACAGUUGAUAAAUGGAGCUUAGGUUAA